AUGGCUUCUACAAUGACAAGUCGAGAUAGAUUUAAAACAGAGAAUGGUACAACCACAUUGGAUGAUACCAAUCAUUUAUUAUAUGAUCUAGAAAGAAAAUUAUCAUUAACUUCCAACACAUCAUCUCAACAAACCCAUACAUCAUCAGUAGUUCAUAGUAGUCAUUUAUUGGGACUAGGGAGACAAAGUAUUCAAAGUCAAGUAUUGAAUCAAAUCAUGAAUGAUGAAGAAUUGAAUAAUCAAGAUGAUAAACAUCAAAGAAUUCAUAAUAGUAUUUUUAAUCCUGAUGAAAUUUUCCAAGAGAGACAAAAUAAUAAAUAUAUGACAUCUAAAUUUACUAAAAAUUAUAAUGAUGAUAAUUUAACCAAAAAUCAUAAAUUGAAUAGAAAAAAUUCAUUAAAUAUAUCUAAAUCAAGAUUAGAACGAAAUUCAUGUACUUCAGAAGAUAUACAGAAUAAUGAAAAAGAACAACAACAACAACAACAACAACAACAACAACAACAAGAUGAAAAUAACCAGUAUGAUAUUAACAAGUCAAUCAGUCAAAUUCAUGAAGUUGAUGACCCAUCAAUGUUUGAAUCUGAAGAAGAUCUAUUAGCCAAUCAUCUUCAAAUGCCUCAAGAAGAAGAAGAAGGUAAUAACAACAACAUGAACAACAAUCACGAAGAACCUAGGUAUGGAAUAUUUUAUGGUGGAGAUGAUUAUGAGGAUUCUGAUUCUGGUAAUGAUUCUGAUAGUGAAGGAGAUAUACCUCUUUCUCCACCAAGAUCUCCACCACGAGAUUUAGAUCCCGAUAAAUUAUAUGGUCUUUAUGAUUUUUCUGGACCUGAUCCUUCUCAUUGUACUCUUCUGGUUGAUGAACCAGUAUAUUUAAUAAAUGAUGAAGAUAAUUAUUGGUGGCUUAUUCGAAAAUUGACUAAACUUGAACGAUUGAAAAGAAUGAGAAUAAUGAAAAAUCAAGAAAUUCAAAUUGAUAUUGAUAUUGAUAUUGAAUCUGAUGAAGAAGAUGGGAAAAUUGGAUUUGUUCCUGCUGAAUGUUUAGAAACUCAUGGUGAAAGAUUAGCAAGAUUAAAUUGUUUUAAAAAUGAAGAAUUAGAAAAGAAAAAAAAUUCAUUAUUUCAAUCAACAUUUGAACAAUCAACAAUUGAACAAUCAACAAUUGAUAAUUUUAAAAAUCAUUAUCGUAAAACUGUUACUACUAAAAAAUCUGUUACAUUUGAAAAUUUGGGUGAUAUAAUUGAUGAUUAUUCUGAUGAAGAAAUAAAAAGUGAUCAUGAAAAUAUACGACAGAAUUUGGAUCUAUAUAAUAAUUUAGAACCACCUACUCAUUUACAAGAAAUUAAAGAACCAGAAGUUUUAAGUGAUGUUUAUCCAGCGGAAACACCUUUAAUAAUUACCAAAAAUAACAGCAACAGCAACAGCAACAACAACAACAACAACAACAAUAACAAUAACAACAACAACAAUAGUAAUAAUAGUAACAACAAAACAGUGACACCAACACUUCAAAUGACAAAUAAAUUUGAUACAGUAUUUGUCCAACCUAAACAGAGAAAUGGUGGAUUAUUUGAUGAUGCUUCAAUUGGUUCAUAUUCUCCAGAUACUCCAGUCAAAGUUAAAUCUCCAUUAAGAGUAGAGAUUCAAGAUGAUGAUGAUAAUAAUGAUGAUAAUAAUGAUGAUGAUGAUGAAAUGGGAAGAAACAAUAGUUUGUCUAGUAUAUCAAGUUUACGACGAUCAGUAAUUUUAGAUAGAUUAACUCAAAUGACGAGUGAUAUACAAGAACAAUUACAACUAGAUGGAUAUAAUGAGGAAGAAGAAGAAGAAGAACAACAACAACAACAACAACAGGAAGAAACAAUAGACAGGGCUGAAGACAAGUAUAAAGAUGACGAUGAGACAGAGAAAGAAAAUACAGAUAUUGAUCAAAAAAAUAAUAUAAACAAUGACAAUGACAAUGAAGUCCAUGGGUUUUCUUUUGAGGAAUCAAGUGAACAAUUUACUAGUGAAGACGAUUAUGAUGAAAAUGACAUUAAUGUACAAGAUAAUAAUAAUAAUAACAAUAAUAAUAAUAAUAAUCAUUCUAAUUACCUGAAUGACGAUCAUACUCCACAACUGAUAGAUCAACAACAACAACAGACACCAAUAAAUUUUCAUUCAACAUCAGCUAUUUCUCCAAAACUCCAGAGACUGUUGAGUCCAUCACUGAAUUCUGUACAACAUCGUACACCACCACCACCACCUCCUCCUCCUCCUUCUUCUUCUCAUCCUCAUCCUCAUCCAGUCAAUCAACUUACUUCACCAAAUUCUCAUCGUUCUCAUCGUUCUCCUCCACAACUGUAUGCAGCAGUAUCACCAUUAAAUUAUCUUAAUCGUUUACCAAGAAGUACCACCAGUAUUGAUGAUGAUGAAACAAGUAGUACUGAAGAGAAUAAUAAUAAUGAUAAUGAUACUGAUAAUGAUACUGAUGAUGAUGAUGAUGAAAAUGAUAAUAUAACUCCAUUAACAAGUAUGAAUUCAUUAACACCAAUUGAAGAAAGAAGGAAACUGAAACCAGUACAUGAAAUGUUUAUGCCAAUUUUAGGUAAAUUUGAUGAACUUGCUGAAAAAUUGGCAGAAUUAGAUGAUAUACUUUAA